AAUAAUACUCACAAAUAAUUUUCGAUUUAAUAAUAAAAAAUAAAGAUUUUCUUAAAGAAACUAUGGUUUGGGUUGAUAAAUAUAAAAGUGUUCAAGAUGCUAUAAAUUUUAUUUAUUUUUGUAAUUAAUAACAUGAAUUAAGAAAAUAAGCUGUCUAUAUAAUCAUUUAUGAUUUUGAAGUUAUUGGAUCUUUAUCUUUUGUUAAUUUAGAUUUAGAAAAAUAAAAAGGAGAACUGGGAUAUUGGUUAAGUUAAGAAUAUAAUGGAUAAGGAAUUAUGAGCAAAUGCAUUUAAAGCUUUAUUGAAUAUGGAUUUAAAGAACUUAAAUUAAAUAAAAUUAUUAUAAAAUGUAUUGAAAAAAAUAUAAAAAGUUCUAAAUUAGCAGAAAAAUUAUGCUUUAAAUUUAAAAAAAUGUAAAAAGAAGGUUUUGAAAUAAAUAAUAUUAAACAUAAUGUAUUAAAAUAUGAAUUAAUUAAAAAUCAAAAAUAAAAUAUUUGAAUUUUAAUAUAAAACAAAUAUAUAUAAAAAAAUUACA